AUGUCUCGUUGCACGUUCUAUCUGCUCUCCCUACACGGCUCGGCUUCCGACUUCAAAGCCUCCAUCUCGACCAUUUCCAAUACUCCCCUCUUCGUCGGUCAAGUGCAUCGCUGGGUGGCACCUCCUAUGCGACACAGCAUCGAUCCUCUCACCACGCAGGGCUCGUGGGACGUCUUCUUGUUCUUCGCUGGCUCAGUGAAGCUGCCGGAAGCAAUAGAAGCCUUUCGGAAAGCCGAAUGGAGGCUCGAAGCCGACGCACCACCGCCGAUGCUAGCUGUGUUCAAGAACACGGAUCAACAGCAUUCUCGAGCUGGACCGGAAGAUGUUCCUGCCUUGACGGGAAGAUGGGAUCACCCGUACCAACCUGAUCCAGACGCGCACCAGGAAUUUGACUAUUCGCCAGAGUUGCAAAACUGGGUCCGGACAUUCGGCAAGCAAGAAGGGAAGAGUGCUGUAUGGAUGUUCAAUCUCCUCGCCUACCAAGAUGGGAAGCGCGAGACGUUCAUGAAGUACGUCGAGGCGUUUGCUGCCUCUGUCGGCAAGGCAGUUGGAUCUGAAUCCCAGAUCUUUGGCCAGGUAAUAAGAUGCUCCUCAACAUCGGAUGGUGAGGAGCCAUGGGAAGAUGCAGCUCUUGUGCACUACCCUUCAGUAUAUCAUUUUGGGGAUUUGGUGGGCAGUGAAGAAUAUCAGAAGCUGGAUGCCAAGUACAAGGUUGGGACGAUCAAGGAUACCUGUAUCUUAUGUCUGACAGAACUCUAG